AUGGUUGAGUAUGUGAAAUAUUCGCAAAACUUAGACCCCGAUCGCCUGGUUCAACAUCUUGAUGUCAGCGUUAUGAAAGCUAAGAGUUCGCAAGUCACCGGUAGACGUCUGUCUCCAAAAAACACUGGAGCUGAUAGACAGCUAGAGCCAGCUUCGCGUAUUCUGGCAACAGAAGGAAAGCUACAGCUGCGAAGAAAAAGUAUCACUCGCAAGCUGUGCAGUUUUAUUGAGGUUGACGAGUUUGGCGACAACGACUGCACUGCGCAUGGUUUCCUCUUGCUGUCGCCAGGACACAUAGCUGGAGCGCGAAAAGAGUUCGUACUUAAGACGGCUGAAGGCUUCCGAAAGACUCAUGGAGAAAUGGAGCAAAUGUACGCGAAAGCCGUGCGUUCCACUAAGUAG